CUCCUCUUUCCUUUCUUUCUUUCCUCUCCUCCUUCAUUCUCCCCGAUCUCUUAUCAAUACCAAUGGCAGCCUUCGCAGAGCAGCCCGAGACGAACACCUCCGCCAUAAGCAACACCGACCAUGGCUGGCAGAAGGUCACCUACGCUAAGCGCCAACGAAAGACCAAGCAAAAUGACUCCAGCAAGAUCAAUGGCGGCCCGAUCCCUAACGGAAACAACGACAAAGCCAGCGUUUUCACCUCCCUCGAGCUGCACUCCGAGGAUCGCCGUCGCCGGAUCCUAGAGGCUCAGAGGGCGUCCACUGAUGCUGUGCCGGUGAGAUCCAAGGACAGGUCAGAAUUCGACGAUGAUAGCGAAGGUUCUGACGCUGAGGAAGGUGAAAAUGGGAAGGCCCUGGAGGUGAAGAAAGUCAAGCCGAAGAAGCCUAAGAAGCUCAAGGUUACCGUUGCCGAAGCCGCUGCCAAGAUCGAUCCCGCCAAUCUCGCUGCGUUUCUUGCUGAUAUAUCCGGAUCUUACGAGGGACAGCAGGAGAUACAGCUGAUGCGGUUCGCGGAUUAUUUCGGGCGCGCUUUCUCGGCUGUUGGUGGGGCACAGUUUCCGUGGGUGAAGAUGUUUCGAGAAACCACGGUGGCCAAGAUGACCGAUAUUCCUCUUUCUCAUAUAUCUGAUGCUGUUUAUAAGACAUCCAUUGACUGGAUCAACCAACGUUCUCCCGAGGCACUUGCUUCCUUUGUAUUGUGGGCCUUGGAGAGCAUCCUAACUGACCUAGCAAGCCAGCAAACUAGUUCUAAGGGCUCUAAGAAGGGUGUGCAACAUGCAUCUUCAAAGUCUCAGGUUGCAAUAUUUCUGGUUUUGGCAAUGGUACUACGGCGAAAACCUGAUGUUUUAAUUGCUGUAUUGCCAACGCUGAGGGAAAGUUCAAAGUAUCAGGGACAAGAUAAACUCCCUGUUAUUGUAUGGAUGAUGGCUCAGGCCUCUCAGGGAGAUCUUGCCGUGGGCUUGUACUCAUGGGCACAUAACCUUUUGCCUAUGGUGAGUGGAAAGGGUUCCAAUCCACAGUCCAGGGAUUUGAUUUUGCAGCUAGUUGAGAGAAUUUUAUCUGCACCAAAGGCUCGACCAAUUUUGGUAAAUGGUGCUGUCAGAAAGGGGGAACGUUUGAUGCCACCUUCUGCUCUGGAGAUCGCUUUGCGGGCUACAUUUCCUAUGUCUGCAGCAAGAGUGAAGGCUACUGAGAGGUUUGAGAUUAUAUAUCCCACUCUCAAAGAGGUGGCUCUUGCUGGUUCCCCUGGAAGCAAAGCAAUGAAACAAGUUGCUCAGCAGGUUAUGAGUCUUGCACUGAAAGCAGCUGGAGAAAGCAUUCCUGAGUUAUCCAAAGAAGCAGCUGGCAUUUUCAUCUGGAGUUUGGGUCAAAAUGCUGACUGUUACAAGCACUGGGAUAAGGUGUACGAGGACAAUCUUGAAGCUAGUGUUGCUGUUCUGAAGAAGCUUUCUGACGAGUGGAAGGAGCUGUCUGUAAAACUGUUUCCUUUAGAUCCUCUCAGGGAAACUCUCAAGAAUUUUUCACACAAGAAUGAGAAUGCUAUGUCUGGUAGACCAGAGGCUACUCGCCUAGCGCUCGUCAAGGAAUCCGACAAGUGCUGUAAGGUAUUACUGGGAAAACUGUCUCGUGGUCAUGGGUGCAUGAAAAGCAUGGCGUUUGCGGUGAUUGCAUUGGCUGUAGGAGCUGCCUUCUUGUCCCCAAAUAUGGAGAAUUGGGAUAUGCAGAAACUAUCAGUAAUUUUCAGCCCGCAGUGAUCUUUCUGAAGAGGAGGUUUCAUGCGGAAUGGCAACAGUUGGUGCAAGGCACGACUUUGUUCUCCCAAUACUAGUCUUUUUCCGAUUUUGUAAUGUUGAUUCUGACCGAGAGGAAUUGUGUAGAAUUAUUUUGUACGUUUUAAAACAUGGGAGUGGAUCAGUGGAGUUUUAACUUUUAUAAACAGCCCAGUAACAGCAACAUUGACCAUUGGAUUCUUUGAAAAGGAAUAUGAAAUAGCUGUUGGCGAAUAAAGAUUAGUCUUUCCUUCA